UCCGACGUUGUUUCUGGGCGCCUCUGCGCGCGCGGGAAGAUGGCUGAGCAGGUGACCAAGUCGGUGCUGUUCGUGUGUCUGGGCAACAUCUGUCGAUCACCCAUUGCAGAAGCGGUUUUCAGGAAACUUGUAACUGAUCAAAGCAUUUCAGAUAAUUGGGUCAUUGACAGUGGCGCUGUUUCUGACUGGAACGUGGGCCGGUCACCAGAUCCAAGAGCUGUGAGCUGCCUAAGAAAUCAUGGCAUUAACACAGCCCAUAAAGCAAAACAGGUCACCAAAGAAGACUUUGCCACUUUUGAUUAUAUUCUAUGUAUGGAUGAGAGCAAUCUGAGAGAUUUGAAUAGAAAAAGUAAUCAAGUUAAAAACUGCAGAGCGAAAAUCGAACUACUCGGGAGCUAUGAUCCACAAAAACAACUUAUCAUUGAAGAUCCCUAUUAUGGCAACGAGGCCGACUUUGAGACCGUCUACCAGCAGUGUGUGCGGUGCUGCAGGGCCUUCCUGGAGAAGGUUCGCUGACCGGCCGUCCCGCUGUGGCCCAGGCUCGUCCCCCCAGGCCGUGUGUCCAGUGUCAGCCGUGUCACCGUUCCCGAGCCAAGGCUGCAGCCCUCUCUUCAGCUGACUCACUGUUUCUCACCUGAAAAAAUAAUUUUAGAUGGAAGUCAGUCUUUGUGUUUGGCGAAAGAGUAAAUAAAAAACCUUUGAUUCAGAUAGUUUAUUUGGGGUAAGAGUUCCUUAGACCAGCUAAACCUCCCACUACGCCCAGUUACAAAAGCAGUGGAACAGUUGAAGAGUGGAGCAGAGCCCAGGAGAGCGUGGGGAAGUGCAGUGAGGCGCCCCUCAGGGGCCUGCGCGGCCCCUCCCUCUGUGGCCGGGCCCUGCCCACGCCGCCCCCCGGGGCCUGGCACCCGGCGCGGGCGCACUCGGGACGGGGAGGGGCUGCUCCGUGGGGCUCAUCUUCACCUUCGCUGCUUCCUGGUUUGUGUCUGUGUGGUUCAUUUCAUAAGGAAGCCACCUUAUGUGUUCCCAUCUGAACCCCUUUGCCUCUGGAAAUGCAGUCGCAUCCGGGAGAAGGGCGGAUGUGCUGGUUUAUCUCAGCUUAGGGACUGUGUCUGCUACAUGCGUAUAAUUGCCUGAUGUCAAUUAUAGAUCACCUUGUGUGGGGAGAAGUAUUAAGUUGGAAAAAGUCCUUUUCUGUUGGAAUGCCUAAAUAUUGAUGAGUAUUCUUUUGUCAGCGCCUGGUUAUAGGGAAAUGUACAUAAUUUGUGCGCACUUUGAAAUAACUGAUCUAAAAUUCAUAUGAAUAUAUGUCAGAAAAAAUUGUUGUCAAAUAAACUGGGGAAAUUACAAAACUACAA